AAAGAUUUGCAUAUUGUGUUCCUCUUCUUUUGGCUCCUCUCGUGCUCUGCAUCCCAGUCACAAGAAGUUGUUGACUUUGAGAAACUGGAUGAAUCGGUGGCUGCCUUCCAAGGCCAUGAUGUUGGGUUUUGCUGCCUGGGGACAACAAAGGCCAAAGCCGGAGUGGAUGGAUUUGUGCGGGUCGACCGUGACUACGUUGAGCACUCUGCGAGACUCGCCAAAGCUGGCGGCUGUCACCACUUUGUCCUGCAGUCGAGCAUGGGGGCCAAUAGCUCGAGCUGCCUCUUCCAGCUCCGGAUUAAGGGUGAAGCAGAGGACAGGGUCCAAGCAGUUGGCUUUGACCGUUGCUCCAUUUUUAGACCAGCAGUGCUGCUGUGUGAUCGCCAGGAGUCUCGGCCAGCAGAGUGGAUGGCCCAGAAAUGCCUAGGAGUGGUAGCCCUUGCCUUCCCCACAGUCCUUUCUGUCCCAACAGUGACUGUGGCACAGGCAAUGCUGAAUCAUGUGGUGAUGCCAGGAAAGGAGGGCCAGAAGGUUGAUGUGCUGGAAAAUGCAGCUAUACAUGCCCUUGGGCAGGCAAAAUAAGAGGUGAGGAGAUUGUUUCCUACGUGACUUAAUGGCAGAGGGUGCCUCAUCAUUCCCCAAACCCAGUCUUUCCUGUUCU